UUAAGGCGAAUUCAUGCGAAUGUUUGCAAUUGCAUAUUUGCAAAUUUUAUUGGAAAAAAAAUAUAAGCUCUGGAAGUAUUAAACAGGUCAGAUAUAUGUUUGGAGAGAGAACCAGCCAGAACCCUGAUGCAUCCGAAUUAUUGAGGGAAUCUGAAAAAACUGAAGAAACUUAAUUUGGAAUCAGAACAGGAAAAUAUCCACUUCACCUGGAAGAGAAAAGUAUGAGAGAAAGCAGCACACAGGCUUUGUAGAGCAAGAUCCAGUGGCAGGGGCCGCAACAUGACUGGAAACCAGGCACCACUGCAUGGGUAUUUGAUGCAUAUAAAUAAGAACCUACUGAGUGAGACAGGUUGCUGGAACGAUUUUUGUUUGAAGCAAUCUCGCACUAAGACCCAGAGGCUCACCCGGAUCCUUCGAGCCAAUGAGGAGGCAGCUUCUCGCGGCGGAAAUGAGACCUGUGUAUUGGAGGAAGUGAGUGAUCGGUGAAGGGGACAGGAUGGUGUGUGAGAAAUGUGAAAAGAAGCUGGGAAGAGUUAUCACUCCAGACACCUGGAAAGAUGGAUCAAGGAACACAAUGGAAAGUGGUGGCCGCAAGAUCAAUGAGAAUAAAGCUUUGACUUCCAAAAAGGCAAGGUUUGAUCCAUACGGAAAGAGCAAAUUUUCAGUGUGCCGUAUUUGUAAAAGCGCAGUUCAUCAGGCUGGGUCUAAUUAUUGUCAAGGCUGUGCAUACAAAAAAGGUAUCUGUGCAAUGUGUGGCAAAAAAAUUUUGGAUACUAAAAACUACAAACAGACAUCUGUGUAACUUAAAUUUGAAACUUUGCUUGGGUAUUUUGGAUGUCAUCGAAGUAUCUAAACAACGUGCUGCUGCGCUAUUAAAAUUGCUCUUGUAUGUAAAUGAAAUAAAAUGUAUAUAAUUCUAGAGCAGCAAAAGAAAAGCAGGCAAUACUUCUGAAAUAAAUGUGGUUGCUUGUCUUAUCUAUUGCUACAUGUAUUUCCGUUGUAGAAUUUACUCUAAAUUGCAAUAUUGUCAUGAAUUUUGAUUCGAUAGAUGACAAAGUCUCCAAAUGAGUAGAGGCAUAAUCACCUUAGCUAUAUAUUGACAACAUGCAACAUCAGCAAAAUUUAUAAUAUUUGAUAGUUUAUGUCCUCCUUCCAUUUCUUGAUUGCUCCAAAUAAAAAAAAAUUCUUGUAGCAGUCAGCAUUCUUAAAUUUGAAAUGAUUGGAGCUUUCUUUGAAUGAAGUCACAGUGACAGACAUCCUUUGUGAUGAAACUACCUUAAUAGAGUACUGUACUUCCUGGGAAGGAUUCUAUUGAUGUUUUCCUAUAUUUGCUUUGUUUUCUUCUGAUUCGGAAAUGAAAAUAUUUAUCAAGAAUUCGGUCAUUUGAACUUUUUCAUUGCUGAGACUAAUUUGCUGUGCUGAGUUACAGAAUUACUCAGCAAUUUUGUAAAGUUUCCUUUUUCUUAAUGCUAUGUAACAAACUUUUGAUGUUCCAAUUUUUGGAAGCAAUAAAGUUACUUGGAUUC